CAGCACUCAUGCAGUCAAAACAAACAUUCCGUGAGGUCGCUGCAUACAAUUGGAGCAUGAAGCGCAAGUUGAGCAACAUGGAUCUACUACCUGUGAUGAUUGCCCUCACGGCGGACGAAGAGAAGCUAUUUGACUUCCUCUUGGAUGUGGAGAAGCAGAACAACUGCGGGCUGACCUUGCGGGUGGCUGGCGGGUGGGUGCGCGACAAGCUCCUCGGUCGCGCCAGUGACGACAUCGACAUCGUGUUGGACAAUAUGACUGGGGUGGCGUUUGCCGAGCUCGUCAACGCGUAUGAGACGCAGCAUGGUCACAAGACCCAUGCCGUGGGCGUCAUCAAGGCCAACCCCGACCAGUCCAAGCAUUUGGAGACUGCGACGAUGCAGCUAGGCAGUGGUUGGGUCGACUUUGUCAACUUGCGCGCGGAAACCUAUGCAGACGACGAAGCCCACCGCAUCCCGAGCAUGGAGUUCGGAACACCAUUGGAGGAUGCACAGCGUCGGGAUUUUACAAUCAACAGCUUGUUUUACAACCUCGCGACCAAAUCGGUCGAAGACUUCACCGGCCAAGGCCUGCCCGACUUGCAACAUGGCGUCAUCCGCACGCCGUUGGAUCCGACCAUCACGUUCCUCGACGAUCCGUUGCGCGUACUUCGCGCCAUCCGCUUUGCAAGUCGCUUUCGGUUUCCCUUGGCCGACGACCUCAUCGCCGCGCUGGAACACCGCGCCAUUCGCGAAGCGCUGGUCAAAAAGGUAUCGCGGGAACGCGUGGGCAAGGAACUCGGAGGCAUGCUCACGGGGUCGCAUGCGAAUCCGAUGGUCGCGCUCACGUCUUUGCAUCGAUUCCAUCUGGAUGAGGUCGUGUUCCAGCUGCCCACGGGGCCGUUCUUUACCCUCCACCCGCCGCUAGAGGCGGCGAUUCCUCCCCACUGGACGGACACGUCCAUGGCAUGUGUCCAAGCUCUCCACGCCCUGGACCUGGCUCGACAAGACCAACGUGCGCCAUCAUCCCCCACUACUACUAGUAGUAGUACUAGCAGCACGACCGCGGAUGGCAUUGAAGUGACCAACAACGAAGCCACGAGCCAUCGUUUGAAGCUGCGGUGGUUGGCGGCGGUGCUGCUGCCGCUGGCCGAGUACUCGAUCGUCCUCAAGAAGAAACAUGUGCCCGUGGCCCACGCUAUUGUACGCGAAUCCAUCAAGUUUGCCGCGAAAGACGCCGACGUCGUGAGCCUAGUCUUGUUGAACCAGUGUCGUCGGUUCGUGGCUGCCAACGCGCCGUUUGAUCGCGUGCAGGUGGGUCUUGUGCUGCGUGAUGUGGGCGCGCUGUGGCCGUUGGCUGUCGACAUGGCGUACCUAGUGGAGGUGGUUCUGCAGCAUUCAGACGUCGAGCAGACAAGGGAAAAGUACGCGGCGCUGUCGGCGUACGUGGUCAAUGUAGGGUUGGACCGAGUAUGGGAGAUGAAGCCUCUGUUGAAUGUACGUUGAAAUAUCAGUAGGGCAAGGACCUGAUGGACGCCCUGGGGGUCAAGCCGGGUCCGGCGGUGAAAGCCAUGAACGAUGCCGUCAUCUUGUACCAGCUCGAGUUCCCAUCGGCCCCGCGCGACGAUGUCCUGCGGCACGUGCGGUCUUUGCAGAGCUCGUCGACCUAAUGAGCAUCCGCUUCAUCGAUACGAAGUAUAUCCUUGCUCCACCGUGGAUGGGGCUGCUCACUCGUACUCUGCUAGGCCAGCCAUAUUGGAAUAGUGUAACAUGAGUAUUUGUUAUAUUACUCGAACGUUGACCUUCA